UCUAGUAGUCGAGGAGUGAGGAAUUAUUGCAUGGUGUGAUUCUGUGUAGUGCGGAUGCCGACGAGAAACAGUAUUUUUAGUGUAGUUGAUUCCCGGCGGUCGAAGAGGUGUUUCUGAUUGGUGACAAGUUGAUUCAUGUAAGCGUUUGUUCUGUGACAAUUUACCACAUGCACGCACCGGUGGAGACCUGUAGGAUUCCUCAGCUGAUUCCGUGUGUUACGCACGAUGUUCCAGGGAUGAAUGCUAGUGACUUGUAUGCAGUGAUUUAAUAAAUGUCCUCCUAGAGACAAAGGCAGAAUUUGUUUUUAAUUCCUAACAAAGUGUUGAGUGAAAUAGUCAAUAAUAUAUUAAAUGACCAGUGAAGAUAUUCUAGGAUUGAUUUCGUGGUAACUACGUUUCUCCAUAAUUGGUGGGGAAACAUUUCAGAGAAUGGAUUGGUGGACCUUGGCGAUUUCUGUACUCUCAAGUUUGGCUGCCAUAAUGUUUACAAGACUGACAAUGCCGCAUUUGGAUCUACGUAAACCUCUAAUUUGUUUUUUGCUGUUGAUUCUCUUCCUAAAUUAUUGUGAUAACAAGCCUAUGAAUUGUGGCAUGCCUCAGAGAUUUGACUCAGAAAUAAGUUUAGCAUUUUGCUCUUUUCGAGAAUUAACAGAGCCUAGUAUUUUCAAAUCAUACGAAAGUAUGACAAAACUUAAUGUAUCCCAUAACAAUUUACAAAGACUGCACGUUGAUGUCUUUAAAUAUAACCUUAAACUUAUUGAUUUAGAUUUAAGUUAUAAUCCAGAUUUAGGCAAGGAUUACCAGGGCACAGAAUGUAUUAUCAAAAGCGAUUCGUUACGAAAAUUGAAUCUUGCAUUCACCGGAUUUGGACUCAUACAACCUGAAUCUAUUUGUGCCCCUAAUUUGAAGUAUAUUAAUCUUGUUGGCGUUCAUAGGUGUGAACUAACUCGUUCAUUAUUUAAACAGAAGAAACCUUUUGUUAUUAUUACGUGUGGAGGAAUUAAUCCCGAAGCUAUUUCUGAGAUUUCUACUUUUUCACCAUUGAACACACAAUCUUCGACUAUUAGACCCACUACAACGACAGGUGAUUCUGCGUCACAAGGUCUAUCGGUAACAUCCAUGACGAAUUCAUCAGGUGCCACGACGCAGCAGCCAGUUAUUGCUCCUACUUUUGCUUCUGCGGACGGAGGGCCGGACGAGGAUCCUGAGCCAAUUAACUCCGAGGGAACUCCUGUCGCGGUGUGGGUGGGGCUAGGAGUAGUGGGAGUGGUAGUGGUAAUAAUUACGAUCCACGUUAUUGUUUUAUGUGGUUUCCCCCGUACUAAAUAUGCGCACGUUUUGCGCACUUGGCGGAACAGACACAUUUGUGUGGUAUUGAGAAAUUUCUUUUGUGCUCCUCGUAAUGGAUCGAUACAUGAAAAUGCAAAUACUCGAGAGAAUUCGGAUAUUUCUCCUGGGGAUAAUGAAUCAGAUGCAGAGCAGUCUUCAUUCCUAAACCGAUAAAACUAGAAAAACCACGAACAGCACGUUUUCUAUGUUGGGGAAACUUAUGAAUGAUGACAUGCUCUAAGGUACCUGAUAUUGCUGAUGUUAUAGUUAUUUACGAAAGGAACAUAAUAAUACGUACCAAUUGGAGAAUUAUUAGAUAGAUACCGUUAUCACUUUUUUAUAAAAAAGAAUCUAUUGUUACUAGUCAUUGGUUAUUUAAGAAAGUGCGUAUUGUAUCGGUUGUUUACGUUACGUAUGAACACGAAUAAUUAACUAUUCCCGCCGCCCUCUGAUUCCUUCGAGAAUGAAUAAUUGAAUAAGUUGUGCGAAUGUUUUUUACAACGUUGCAAAUUUUAAUUUUAACACAUGAAAAUGUAAGAUAUACGUACAAUUUUCCUUAAACUGAUCUCUUAAAAGGAGUAAAUUAAGAAAAUUACUAUUAGGGGACUGGUCUGUAGUUUCAGUGCAUUGCUAUUGCGUAUUUCAACUUAUUUUGUACAGAGUGCAUCUUUUAUCUCGCAACCCAGUCUACGCAUACGUUUGAGCCCAAAAUCACAAAUAGAAAAGUGUAAUAGUUCUAAGAAUAUUACUUGCAAUAGCACAAUAUGACUGCACAAAGCGGCAGUACUCUCUUUCUUUGGGACGAGAGUUUUGAACUGCAUUUUUGGCGGUCGCUUAUCAAUAAACGUACCAAACACUUACGUAACCCUUUUAGGCCGUGCUAUGUAUUCUAUAUAUUAAAUUUAUAUUGUAAUAUAUUUUGUGGUUGAUACCUCCUCGAUUUUUAAUUAAUGAUCAUUAUUGUAUUUUGAUGUUAUCCAAAUUAAUUUCUAAAUUACUCACCAGUGCCAUAUUUUUGUCAUUUCUCCUUGAAAAUAAUUGAGUAAUUUCCCUUAAAGAUGUGUUUGCGUACUUAUUUCUGGAUUAAAAAAAAUAUUUCCGAAAAAUAACGGGGAUUUAUUUUAAUUGAAUGUUGACAUUUUACUAUCAGUCAGGAGAUUGGAGUGUAGUCAGAAAGAGGCGAGGGCUGUUGUAAAUCAAUGAAAAUUAACUUUCACAAGUUUUAAAUUUUGUUGUCAAGUGUAGAGAAUUUCACGGAUUUCGUCAGUAAUAAAUCAAAUUUUCAGUAAUAUUCUUAAGUGUUUAUCAUUAAUAAAUGCAUACAUAUUGCCUCAUUUUGAGUCCUUGGAAAUACCUUCGAGUUGUUAACCAUGCUUCCUAUUUUUUGGAGGACGCGAGUUAAGAUUUUAGCUAUAAAAUGAGACCGUGUAAUUAAAAAAAUAAGUACAGGAGGGCAACUUUUGCUUGUGAAUAUUACAAGGGAUGCAUGUUAUUGGAUUUGUGAGACCAGAAAUGACCCGAGUAAAAACGCUCCAAAGCUCGUGAGAUGCAGUAUUUCGUUCGCUGUUUAGUUUUGUUCCGAGACGUGCUUCUAUGGGCAGACUAAAGGAAGAACGUGUGUUGCGUUCAAGAUUAGUAAAGCAGCCCAAGUACUCUUUAGUUGUUUUUUCUAGUAGGGAUUUGACUCUUCUCAGAGCGGGCCGCUUGGUCUUUUGGCUGUAAUCCACUCCCCCUUCGGGUAGCACUAAUGCUCCGUCAACCGGAUGAGACGGCAACCCACGCUCCUCUCAACUCUUCCUGAAUUAAACCUGGGAAGAGUCACCCAGCCAGGUCGGGCUCCCAGUUUUCUAAUCUGACACUGCAGUCGUCAUCACGAUAUGCCGAGGAAAAAGCAGCUUCUCAUACCCAUGCGUAACGGGAUGUGCAGCGACGAUGCCUAGCGUCCAAGUGAACGCCACCCGAUUUAUGGCCCAGGUGGCUGGGAGCCCCUAACCCCUCUCCUCACUGCGCACACUGUACUUACGGUCUCUCCAGCAAUCAGGGUUACCGAACAGGGGAUUUCAAUUUCCCGCUUGGGCGAUCUGUAUGUAGUCAGCGGCCGAAGCCACGUUCCUAAUCCUUCCCCACGGCUGAUAGAGCCCAAAUGGCGGUCCGCCCAGGCAGAGCCCUCGCGACCAGGGGACUUAACUUCGCAGUCUCACUGCACCCACUUUGGUCCUAACGACGUGCAAGCCUCCGAAAAAUGCAGGUCCCGGUUUCCCAUUUCGACCAGAGAAUCAGGCCAGUACAACGUGCAUCCCCCUCUGCGAGGAGACCGAAGGAAGGAUUCAAAGCGCGUGCGUUUCUGCACCCUCUCUCAGCGACCAGAUGCGCCAUAUUUCCCUUCCAUGGCCUCACUUCGGUGUGAGUCGCCUGUUUCCUGCUCUAGACGGUUGCACGAUGGAUGAUGCACUCUCUAGUAUGACAUCGUACGCGGCAGUCUUCUGCAUUUACUUCUAGUGGUUACUGUUAAAGUGAGUGACUGAAAAAUGCGUAGAAGAUCUAUACUAGUGUUUUCGAUUGCUGUGAAGUUCGUGGAUGCAAAAACGUAAUAUAUUUUUGUGAAUAGAUUUCAUUAAUAUAGUAUGUAGAAAAAAUAUCAUUGAAAUUAUUAUUGUAUGCAGUCGUGUUAAGUUGCUAUAGAUGAAACGCUUUAACUGUUAACUAUUGUUAUAAGCAUUUCAACAGUUAAGUGCCAUUGUUACAAGCAUUUUAUUUUUGAAAGCUAGUAUGGAAAAUGGAUUAGUUUUAUUCUAUUUAUAAUAUAUUUUGUGAUUGUAAUUUAAUUACGUAUGUUUGCAGUCAAAGAGGUCAUGACAAGAAGUUAACUCAAAUUAUCAAAAUUGAGUCAUCAGGAACUAGCAACAUUUCAUAAAAAGACUUAACUCAGGAAGGUGACAACUAUUUUUGAAAAGAACCAUCAGCCAAUCCCAAUUAUUAUAUAUUUAUAACCAUUUUUGUUAAAACUGAUGAAAUAUGCGUUAACAUGUUCUUGUCGGGGCUUCUGCAAUUAGAAUUAAGUCAAGUGUAUUUCUGUGGUAGAUUAAAUCUACACAAUUAAGAUGUGGUAGACAAAUGAUGAGUAAAUAAAGAGAAUGAGCGAUGUUUUUUACUUACAAGAAAAUAAAAUAUGAAAUACCUAUUUUGAAAUGUGAAAAAUUUUGUUGAUUUUGUUUGUAAAGAUUUGAAAUAAAAUUUAAUAAUCCGG